UACCAGUAUAAUCUCAAGGUUCGUCCUAUAUAAUUCCCUUGAUUAUACUCCAUUCCAUCUCACGCACUCGCCUCCCCUGAUCCCAAACGGUCCUUUGUCCUGAAAAAAAAAUAGAUCCGACCCGCACAAAAAACCAGUACCUCAACAUUUCUCUGGCAACAGCUGAACUGUUGUUGUUAAAUGCGGUGAACUUGCAUCACUGCCUAUCGUCUGUACAGUUAAAUAUACCCAAGAAUUGUCACAAACGAAUCUACAUUCUCUAUCGAGUCAUCUGAUCCUGAAUUGUUUCCAAUAGUAGAAUGUGUUUCCAAUCAAUAAAAAUAAUAACAAUAUAUGCUUGCGGUGUGUGACAGUUUCGAGGACAAUAUAUUAACGUACAUGUGUCCCGACCACAAAAGAUAACAAACUUCAGUACACUCUCGGUUGUACCCAAACGAUGUGAGAAAAGUUACCCCUGUGAUUUAAAAAAAAUUGAAUUUGCUGGUCACGUUGAAGUUAGUUUUAUUACCUAUAUUGAGUUGGUGGUUGUAUAGGUGGGCAAAAUGGCCAAUGUAUUGCCUGGUACUGAAAUUGUACAAUAUUUAGCCGUGUUUUUCGGUUCCCUCAAUGUCAUCAACAGUGGUAUGGUUUAUGGUUGGCCUUCAGCUUCGUUACCUCAGCUGGUACAUCCAGCCAACAGCAGUGCAGCCAUCCAUCUUACAACAUGGGAAGGCUCUUGGUUAGCCAUAGCACCCUUCUUUGGGGCUCUCCUCACAGCACCCUUGUCAUUUUCAGCAACAGGCAUACUGGGACCAAAGAAAACAGUAAUUUUCACCUUCUACCCCUACAUCGUCUCCUGGUUAGUAAUCGCAGUAGCAGACAGUUUCGAAUGGCUCUUCUUCGCCAGGUUAAUCGCUGGAAUAGCAGACAGUUGCAUCUUUACCGCCUUCCCAAUAUACAUAGACGAUAUUUGCAACACCAAAUUCAAGAGAAGAUUCUAUUCUAUGUACCCAAUAAGCUUCGCUGCUGGUAUCCUCAUCAUCAACCUGAUAGACAACAUGUCUUCUGUGACAAAUGCAGCCUGGAUAGCUUCUGUUUUGAUAUUUUCUUCAUUUUCUGGUUUGCUGAUCGUACCUGAAAGUCCAUAUUUUCUGCUGAUGAAAAACAAACUGCUUGAAGCCAAACAAGCGCUUAGAUAUACGAAAAACAGGGAUGAAGUUGAGGAGGAAUACGAAAAACUGAGGGAGCAAGUGAUGUCCAGAGGUGUUUCAGAAUUGAAUUUAGAAAAGAUAUUUUCUGGACCUAUUAGAACGAAUUUAGGUAUAGGUAUAGUGCUUGUGUCUGCACAACAACUGUGUGGUAUAACUCCCAUAAUUUUCUAUAUAACCACAGUCCUGAAAGAGACUGAUCUACAGUUUUUGUUCGAUUCUAGUCUCAGCAUAAUACUUCUGGCUCUUCUUCUGGCCAUGUCGAUAUUCAGCGCCCUAAUUUCAGACGCAAAAAGUGGUAAAAAGUUUUUGUUAGUUUCCCUCCUUCUUUGUUCUGUAGCACUCUUCACUUUAGGAGUUUAUUUCGACAAUGUAGACUUCAGAAACGACUUCUCCAUAUUCUCAAUCAUACCUAUUGCAGCCCUACUGGUCUACAUAAUUUUUUACGGUUUGGGUCUACACAACAUACCGUAUGUUUACAUGAACAGGAUGUAUUCUAGGAAUAUAAAAUCCAAGUGUCUCGCUUUAAUCUACAUGUAUUUCAGCGUAAUUGCUUCGGCAGUUUCCGCGUUUUUCACGCUGAUGAACGAUUCUAAAGAAAUCUAUUCGGCGUUUUACUUUUUUGGCGGUUGUUGCCUUUUCAAUUUCAUCCUCGUUUUGGUGUUUGUACCAAAGUGUAAAGACUGGUGUGAGGAGGCAGAGUGGUUGUUGAAAUCGCAUGAGAAUACGGAACAGGAGUAUGAGUUUUUGUUGUCGAGUUUCGAUUUGUCCGAUUUUGAGGAUUGAUUUUCAAUGAAAAAUUUUUUUUCGAAAAAAUUAUGUUUUUUCGUACUUCUUGAGAAUUUCAGGAAGAACGUUCGAAUUCGGAUGAAGUUUCGGAUUAGAAUGAUUGAUUUUGUAUUCGUCCAAUCGAAUAUUUUUGUAAAUAUGUGAUUUUUUUGGUACCUUUGAAAAUUAUGUGAUUGUAGGAAUUCAUUAUCAAUAUUCACUCUCUAAUUUUUCUAUCAGAAAGCGUGGAUAUAUUUGUACCAAAUGACUGCCUUAGAUUAAUUUUCUCCAGAACAAAAAAUAUUUUGUUUCAUAUUCACUCUAUUUGAAUUGAAUAAUUUUGUAAGUUUAAGUGAGAAUUUUAUUAUGAAAUAAAUGAUUG